CAACCUUACUUCAGUCAUCACAAGUUCGCUGACAUCUUAAACUGGCGGUUGCCGACUCGUGUGCUAUGAUUGUUUAUUGCUUUUUAGUUUUUACUCGUCAAUCGUAAUUCGUCAGUAUUCGUCAUUGAUAUUUAAUAUUAUUAUUUAGGUACUCAGUAUUUAUAUCGUUGAAAACUGAUAUCAAAAUAAAACCUUAGAUAGCCCAUUACCAUGGCCACUUCCGUUGCGACUAACCCUUCGACUUUACUUCCACUUGAACUUGUAGACAAAUGUAUUGGCUCUAGAAUUCACAUCGUUAUGAAAAAUGAUAAGGAAAUAGUCGGUACUUUAUUGGGGUUUGAUGAUUUUGUCAAUAUGUUGCUUGAAGAUGUAACAGAAUAUGAAUCAACGCCCGAAGGAAGGCGAGUCACUAAAUUGGAUCAAAUAUUGUUAAAUGGAAAUAACAUAACAAUGUUGGUUCCUGGUGGUGAAAUGCCCGGUGAAUAAUAUUUCAUGUUAACAUUUUUAUUGAAACAUUCAACAAGUCAUGAACAGACAUAAUAUGUUUAACUAUUAAUAUUAAAUUUAACGUGUACAUUUUUAGCUUAUCUAAAUGUUCAAGUCUGAAAUAUAAUAAGUUACUCAUUAA